AGUCAGUCUUGUUUCACUGAACUAAAUGAUUCCCACAAUGCUCGGAGACGGAAGGAGGGCUCAUCCAGAGGAGGUUGGGAUUUCUUUUUAAACACCUCCCUCCUUCCUCUCAGCUCCUCUUUUUUUCCACCUCAUUUUUACACUUGCUCUUCCUGAAGCUGCAGGUGUCACCACUGGGUCUGCUUUUACUGGGAGUUGUUGACAAGACAUAACUUACCUCCUCUUUCCUUUUCCUGGGAAUAAACAAAGUCACCUCUGGCUUUCGGUUUGCUGUGCUGCUGCUUUACUUCAACACCGGGUGUCUGUCGGUUUGAGGGCUUGUGAUUCAGCAAAGUGGAGCAAAGGACUUUCAGUAACAAUAUAAAGCUCUGGGGAUGGUGUCUCUCCCCCCGCCGUCCCCCAUGGCGUCCCCGGCUGCUUCCCUAGUCCAGGCAUGACUGUCGCCCCCAACAAACACAGCGCUCAGCCUGGUUCGUCCUCUUCCAACGACACAAGUCCCAGAUCCGUUCCGGCGCAGAUGGAUGAGAUCGAAGGCCUGCGGUUGAAGCUCUCUGCUGAGGACUCUGUGUCGCUGGCCUCCUCCGUGCCUGAGCCCGUCAACCUAGAAGAUGCCCAUUAUACUCAGCUGCGAGAUGAGCUGGUGCUCGACGCACAGAACCUGGAGGCGGAGUCAUGGAGCGUCGCCGUGGACCAGAACUACUUGAAGACUCUGCACAAAGAGGCUGUUAAAAGACAGGAUGUCAUCUACGAGUUGAUCCAGACGGAGAUGAACCAUGUACGCACCUUAAAAAUCCUUCUCUAUGUCUACAUGCACGAGCUGAGGCAGUCUCUGCUGAUAGAGGAAGCCAAACUGGAGCGGCUCUUCCCCGGAGUGGAUGCCCUGCUCACCCUCCACCAGCACUUCCUCAACUGCCUCAAAAUUCGGCAAAACCAAAGUCAGGAGGAAGGAAGCCCAAACAGCUACCAGAUCUCACAGCUGGGGGAUGUUCUCAUCUCUCAGUUUUCAGGUGUGCUGGGAGAGAGAAUGAAGGAAUGGUACGGUGUUUUCUGCAGCCAUCACAAUGACGCCAUCAGCUUCUACAAAGAGCAGCUGCAGAGCAAUAAGAAGCUGCAGAGCCUCAUUAGGAAAAUAGGUCAGCUGCCCCUUGUGAGACGGUUGGGAAUCCCCGAGUGUUUUCUGUUGGUGACACAACGCAUCACAAAAUAUCCCGUGAUGGUGGAACGAAUCAUUCAGAACACUGAAGCCGACACAGACGAGUACCAGUCUCUGGUGCGGGGUUUAGCGCUGAUCAAAGACACCAUCUCCCAGGUGAACGAUCAGGUCUGUGAAUACGAGAAAGCUACUCGUCUGAGAGACAUCUGCCUGCGUCUGGAGCCGAGAUCUCAGGGCCGGCUGAAGGACGGCCGGCCGUUCCGCAGGGAGGAUCUCGUUCAGCGCAACAGGAUGCUGCUGCGUGAAGGCACCGUCACCUGGAAGUCUUCUGGUAGACAGAAAGACAUCCACGCUGUGCUGCUGUCAGACGUGCUCCUCCUGCUACAAGAGAAAGACCAGAAGCUCGUGUUUGCUGCUGUGGAUAACAAACCAUCGGUGAUCUCCCUUCAAAGGCUGAUAGUUAGGGAAGUGGCUCAUGAGGACAAAGCGAUGUUCCUCAUCUGUGCGUGCACCACCACCAUGCCGGAGAUGUACGAGAUCCACACGGGCUCCAGAGAGGAAUGUAUCUCCUGGAUGCACCAGAUACGGGAAGCUGUGAACUGCUAUCCAGAAGAAGAGGACAGCGAAGAGACUGCUAGACUGCAAGAGUAUCAAGAUAUUCUAAAGGAGAAGGAUGACCAGAUAAUGCAAAGCCUCACGGAGAAGCUGCAGAUCUUUGCUGCACUUUACGAGACAGAGAUGGGGCAGGAAACCCCCCACAGAGGGCUGCUGCUCCGAGGAGACGCCACUGACCCCCAGCAGGGGGCGACACUGCUCCAAGGAGCCAUCGACGAGGUGGAAAACCUGCAAAACCUGCUGCUGUUAAGAAUAAGAGCAGCAUAUGACGGGGAGAUGCUCCGGAGAGCAGAGACCUUUGGGGUCGCUGACAGUAACCUCACAGCAACCGCCAUGAAAGAUGAAGAUGCAGAUGAGAGGCCCGGCGGCAGCGACGGCAGUCCAGUGUAUGGCGGUCACACCAGUAGUGAUGCUCAGCUCCAGGAAAUGUACUACUCUGAGAGCCGGGAACAGUCUGCUGAUGACGACAUACAGAUGCCAAACUGCAAUCCAACAUCCGGAUAUGUCCCUGAAGCAGAGGUGUGUGACAGGGUGAUACUGCUCGCACAGCGGCUGUACAGCUUACAAGCCAUCAUCGCCCAGCAGGACAGCCAGAUCGAGCUGCAGCGCACUUUCCAGGCAAAGAGCAAGCCCGCCCGUCCGCACAGCAACGUGCUGCUCGAGCAGGAGAAGCAGCGCAACCUGGAGAAGCAGAAGGAGGAACUCGCCAACUUGCACAAGCUGCAGGCCCAGCAUCGUGAAGAGCAGCAGCGCUGGGGGAAGGAGAAGGAACGGCAGAGCAUCCAGAUCGAGCGCCAGGAGGCUCAGCUGAAAGAGAAGGAAGAGGAAUGCAGGAAGUGGGAGGAGAAGCUCAACGAGGAGAAAGCAGAGCUGGAGAGGCAGAAGGAAAACUACCAGCAGGACCUGGAGCGGCUGAGGGUGGCCACAAAGUCGGUGGAGAAGGACAAGGAGCGUCUGACUCAGGAGAAGGAGAAGAUAACCAAGCACCUGAGCCUCGUUAACCAGGCGUACUCCAACUAUGAUGAUCCCACACAUUGCUCAAGUCUCUCCAGCUACCAGUCGUUCAGGGGAAGCAUCGUGAACGGAGGAAGGGCUCUAACUCCAAAGACCCAGGUCUUGCCCAGCAUGGGCUCUAAUCCUGAGGAAACUCCUCCAAAGGUUCCACCGCGCAAGGAGAGUAUCAGCCCUCAGCCGGCUAAACCCGAGCUGCCCGUCCACCUCGUCAGCGCCACCAACCAGGACUACAAACCUGCUCCCGUGCAGCAGCAGAUCCCGACCAAGCUGGCUACUCUUCCCAAGAGCAAGGAGAAAGUCAAGAUAAAGGCAUCACACCAGAGAACACACAGUGCAGCCUCUAUAGAUGUGAGCCAGGUGCUGCCCAUCCGAGUGACCGGGAAAGAAGGAGGAAGUCUGCGAGCCAAAAGGACCGCCAGUCCUCAAAGAAUCUACCAGUCAGAUACCUUCAUCCCACCAGGAUCUGUCCACAGUAUGAAAACGUCUCAGUCCUUCAGCACACACAAGAGGAGCAACAGCGAGGCUCCGCCGCCUCCACCGCCUCCUUUUCCCAAAGAAGUUCUCAAAACAAGACAACGAAAAGAGAAGGUAAUAUUUCUUUAACGUCAAACUACAGACGGGCCUCGUCCAGCAUAAAGACUCAGACACACGGAGAGACUGGAGGAGCUGUUAGAGGACUUUGACUUCACGACGUCUGUGUGUGUCCAGCACGAGGAGCUCGGUCGCUUUUACUGUCCUUCAUCACUGGAGAGAAACCAGCUGAAUCUGCUGAACUGAAAAAAGUGAAAGAAAUACUGAUGGACAUGUUUUAUAAAAAUAUGUACAUUUAUGAUUGAGGUCGUUUUUUUAAAAAAAGCAAAAAGCUGGACCUGUUUGCACAGUGGAGAAAAUAUUAUGUUAGAGGUCACUAAAGCUUUUUAAGAAUUGUCGCUCUUGCCAAAAAGACUUUUUUAAAUUUUUAUUUUAAAUGAAAGUAGGUUGUCUGUAACCAUUUUAGCACUCUGUCUUAACUUUGGAGCUUUCUUUCUUAUAAUUUAAUGAAUGAUAAACAGUUUUAGGAAGCCAUGUUCAGAUAUGAAAUAUAAAGCACAAUUUUUAUCUCAUAAUGCAUCAUGUAACAGUGAAAUUUGUACUGUGGACCUGCGGCUCCUCAGUACGUGUUGUAAUCAAUCAUAAGUAGCUUGAUGUGUUGACACUAGAUUUUGUUGUUGAUCUUAUUAUUUUGUUAAAUGCUUUGUAACAGAAACAACGAGCAGUUCCUGUUUUGCUCGUCACUGCUACAUGACACAGUUUUAGUUUACACUGAGACGCUGUUUGACCCGUUUAUGAGAAUACAACAUAACAGCUUGAGUGUAAAACAUCUUUAUAAGCUUCCAAACUCCAACUAAUGAGUUAUGGAAUAAAAAUAUUUUACAGCUC